UCCUAUUUUGUUGAACUGUCAAACGAUAAUUUGCCAAAAAUUAGUAUGCUAAAAGAAUUUGCUGCAAGGGUUUUUGGUUGGUAUAUAUUUAGCCCAGACAGCAUAUGAUUUAGGUGCUUGACAUUUCUUAUUUUUAAUUGAAAAACUGUGUACACUGCCGGGACUGAGAGGAUAAUUUAUAAAUAUGUCCAAUUUGAUCACUAUGGCUAGUAGACGCUUGCCGCGGACAGUUAUUAGGACUUUAAACAAAUAUUUGGAUAAAAGUAUAUCAGAGGUACAAAUACAGCAAAUAUUUGGUUAUGAGGUAAGAAAACUCUGUAGUUAUGGGUUACAAUCGGAUAUUCUUUCAAGUUCACCUAAAUCAGUAUGCUGUCCAAGUGAUAGGUAUUUUAGGACAUCCUGUUCUCUUCUGGAGAGUCAAACAGUAAAAUGUCCCCCCUUUCCCGAAUCUGUAACAGAAGGUGAUGUAAGGAUUGAAAAGAAGGUAGGAGAUGCUGUGGCCCAGGAUGAGGUGGUUAUGGAAAUUGAAACUGACAAGACAUCACAGCCUGUUCACUCACCCAAUCAUGGUAUUAUUGAGGAGAUUCUUGUAAAUGAUGGAGAUACUGUUAAGGCAGGGCAGCCAUUGUUUAAGUUGAAGGUAACAGCAGAAGCACCUGCCAAAGCUGCUCCUGCAGCCAAGGAGGCACCUAAAGCUGUUCCUCCCCCUCCACCAUCACAACCAGAUGCGGCUCCACCAAAACCAGCGGCUGCUGCCCCUCCUCCGCCCCCAGCUGCCUCAGCCCCACCUUCACCGCCAGCACCUCCAAAACCAGCAGCACCUUUAAGUUCCAUUCCUGUUGCUGCUAUAAGACAUGCACAGUCUCUUGAAGCAAGUGCCACUGUUAAGUUGCCACCUGCAGAUCCUACUAAGGAGAUUACGGGUACCAGGACAGAACAAAGAGUAAAAAUGAACAGGAUGAGGUUAAAAAUCGCCCAGAGACUUAAAGAAGCCCAGAAUGUGAAUGCUAUGCUCACCACAUUUAACGAAAUUGAUAUGUCGAAUAUAAUGGAGUUUAGAAAGCAAAACUUGGAGGCGUUUCAAAAGAAGUAUGGCAUUAAGUUAGGUUUUAUGUCAGCUUUCUUGAAAGCCUCUGCGUAUGCCCUGCAAGAUCAGCCUGUUGUGAAUGCCGUAAUCGAUGGAACCGAAAUUAUUUACAGAGAUUAUGUUGAUAUAUCUGUGGCAGUAGCUACUCCAAAAGGACUGGUUGUUCCUGUAGUCAGAAAUGUUGAGGGCAUGAAUUUUGCUGACAUUGAAUUGGCAAUGGCUGCCUUGGGAGAAAAAGCAAGGAAAGGACAAAUUGCUGUUGAAGACAUGGAUGGAGGUACAUUCACGGUGAGCAAUGGGGGUGUAUUUGGUUCACUUUUAGGUACUCCGAUCAUCAACCCUCCUCAAUCUGCCAUCUUGGGAAUGCAUGGGAUCUUUGAAAGGCCAAUCGCCCUUAAAGGACAGGUGGUUAUCAGACCAAUGAUGUACGUGGCUUUGACCUAUGAUCAUAGAUUAGUAGACGGUCGUGAGGCUGUUCUGUUCCUUCGCAAAAUCAAGCAAGCUGUGGAAGACCCGCGCGCCAUGUUGGCUGGUCUGUAAAACUGGACCAUGGUAAAAAGUCGUUAAGAGUGGGGUUGAUCUUUGUCAUUUUUUUUCAAUAUUGUUUUCUCGCACCUCUUAUGAAACGAACUUCACCGAUAUUCCCAGCCCUUUGCAUACGAUAUCAGCGGUAUUAUUUCAAUAUAGAUGAUAAAUUUAUUUCAAAGGAUAUUGAUUUUAGAAUAUAUUAUGGAAGUUUUGUGUAUUCUGUUAAGUCUUAUUUAUUUGUUAAAGAAAAUUAUUUAA